UGCACAACGCGCGCACACGUUUCCAAGAUAGCCAGGAGCGAUGUUCAUCGAUCCCCGAGGCGCUACAACUGGUAGAUUUCGUUCGUUUGUUCGUCCUUGAAAGAUUGAUCUUCCUUGAAUCUUAUAUACGGAAGGUUCUGAAAGUUCCUUGGAGCCAUAUCAAUAAAUUGAAGCAGAGAUGUCGACUCAGCGAGCGUAUUGGAAAGAGAGUGUCGUGUAUCAAGUAUAUCCUGCUUCCUUCCUCUCCACGGGUUCGGGGUCUCAGCCGGGAUGGGGAGAUAUCAAGGGAAUCACUUCAAAGCUUGACUACCUCAAAGACCUCGGCGUGGACAUCGUCUGGUCUUCCCCUUUCUUCAAGAGCCCUCAAGUCGAUCUCGGCUACGAUAUCUCCGACUACAAAGACAUCGACCCACGAUAUGGUACCCUCGCAGACGUCGACGAGCUCAUUGCGGGCCUCAAACAACGAGACAUGAAACUCAUGAUCGAUCUCGUCGUAAAUCAUACUUCUGAUCAACACGCCUGGUUUCAAGAAUCACGUUCCUCUCAAACGAACCCAAAGAGAUCCUGGUACCACUGGCAACCUGCCAAGACUGAUGCGGACGGCAAUCGUGUCCCACCGAAUAAUUGGGCGAUGCAGUUGGGUGAAGCGCAUUCGGCGUGGACGUGGGAUGAGAGUACUCAGGAGUACUAUCUGUCUCUUUUUACGCCGGAACAGCCGGAUUUGAACUGGGAGAAUCCGGAUGUGCGAGCUGCAGUACAUGAUGUAUUGAGAUUCUGGCUCGAUCGUGGUGCUUGCGGGUUCCGAAUGGAUGUGAUUAAUCACAUCUCAAAGGAGCCGGGAUACCCUGAUGCGAGAGUCAUAUAUCCUGACAGCCGGUACCAGCCAGGACACGAGCACUACGCCAACGGUCCUCGACUCCAUGAGUUCUUGCAAGAGAUUAACGCAAAGGUCCUCUCCAAGUAUGAUUCGAUGACCGUCGGAGAGAUGCCCUUCGCUCGCGACACGACGGAGAUUUUAAAGGUCAUUGCCGCUGAUCGGAAAGAAAUCAAUAUGAUUUUUAUCUUCGACAUUGUUAAUGUCGACGACGAUCCCUUCCGAUUCUCCCUGAAGCAGUGGAAGCCCAAAGAUGUCGCCACGAUCAUAUCGAAAUGGCAGACCGAUCUCGUGCAGGGUGGUGGAUGGCCUUCGAUCUUCCUCGAGAAUCACGACCAUCCUCGCUCGGUAACCCGCUUCACAGAUGACUCUCCGCGUUACCGAGACCUCGGCGCCAAACUCCUCGCCCUCAUGCAGACCACUCUCGGUGGCACGCUCUACCUCUACCAGGGCGAAGAAGUCGGCAUGAAGAACUUCCCACUCUCCUGGGAUGCCUCUGAAUACAAGGACAUCGAGACAGUCAACUAUUGGAAGAAGAUGCAAGACCUUUCCGGCGGGGACGAGUCCAAAAUGGUCGAAGCCAAACGCAUCAUUCAGCGUAAAGCUCGCGACCAUGCACGCACACCGGUACAAUGGAGCGAUGGGCCGAAUGCGGGAUUUUGUCCCGAGAAUGUGACGCCGUGGAUGAGGGUGAAUGAUGAUUGCAAAGAGGUCAAUGUUGCAGCACAAGCCCCUGGGCAUCAGAACACUUUGAAAGACGCCUCCAAGGAACAAGGUGGCGGACUGAAGUCAUCUAUCUCAAAAGCAGCACAGAAGAUGGCUGACAACUUCGCUCCUGUCGGCAGCAGCCUAGGCCCAGUAGUGCCCACACACAGCAUGCCGAUCCCUUCCUCUGAAGGCGAGCCUCUCUCAGUCUGGCAAUUCUGGCAACGCGGUCUGGCGAAUCGCAAGGCGCACAAGGACGUCUUCGUGUAUGGCACAUUCGAGGCUUUGAAUGUGAGCAACGAGGACGUCUUUGCAUAUCGUCGCGUGGGAGAGAAAGAGGCUUUUGUGGUUUUGCUGAACUUCACGGGCGAGACGGUCAGCCUGGACUUGCCGGAGAAGCCUGCGAAGACAUCGAAAUGGGUGAUCAGUAAUUAUGCUGAGGGUCCCACGGAUCGGGCGCUUCAAGGGAAGAUUACGCUGAAGCCCUGGGAGGGACUCUUGGGUACUGCGGCUGUUUAGUUCAUGCUUCGUGUAGAUAUGGUAUAAGUACAUGAUGAUUAGAAUUCCCGGACACCUCGCUGCAUCCUGGCUCCGGUUGAACAUAUAUCAAUUGAGUGAU